AUGCCGGUGAAAUGUUGUUUCCACAGGUCACCAACUACAAAAACAACAGUGUGAUCUGAAAACACGGACACACUUUUAACCAACCAAGAAAUUGAUACAACAACUCAGCCAAAAGUCAAAUUUGAGAUGAAUGCAAAGUUGGGGGUGCGGUUCACAGACAUGCCUUCAAAAAUUAACAUUGACUUCAGCACGAGGGACCUCAUCUCAAAGAAUGCCGCAGAAUCAACCCUCAAAUGUUUUGAUGAGGCUCAGAAGUUGAUUUACAGUCUGAUGGCCAAGGAUUCUUUUCCUCGAUUUCUAAAGUCAGAGAUUUAUAAGAAACUGUUAAAUAGCAAACAGGUUGGAAAUCAUAAAAAAUCGCUCCCUUUCUUGUAA